GCGUAGGAGAAUAAACAAAACUGGUACAAAUAGGCCUAAGAAUAUGGUGUUUAGAACGCACCUCCUUGUUUCUGUCGCCUGUUUUGAUAAGUCACUGCAAUAUUGUGCAUUGUUUGUUGUGAGAAAAGUGUCCAAGGUUUCGUAGGCCACUUUCUCCAGCAAACACAACUUGCGCACAUCUCCAGGAAAGCCGAGACUGAUUGAGAUUUUUACUGCUAUUCAUAUUCGGCUUUUAGAGUUCUUUAUUUUAUAAAGCUUUGAGGAAUGUUUGAUUAGUGACUCGCGCUGCUGCAGACACUGGUGAAGGCGUUGAAGCAUGGUUUCUUUGUAAACACUGCACCGCGUGUUUCUGUGAUUGCUGCAGAAGUCCAUCUUUACUGACAAACGUGUAUCGUGGAGAAAGAGAGAGAAGCUAUUUGAAACAACUUCCUUGGGAUUCCAGGCAAGAGUUAAGUGAAAAUGUCAGAAGACUAUCAGAGCAUGAUGAGAGGGCUGGGCGGGCAGGAGAGGCACUGCUGCGUGGAUUUACCACAGAGAACUGUCAGCUACAAGCCAUGGUUUGCUUCCCCCAACAGCGACCAGCCCGUCCCGCAGACACAACUGAAACCCAUCGUAGAAAGAAUCACCAAACCCACCGUUGCCAGCAGAGGCGGCGUAGACCUGAAGGACAAAGACUUUGAAUACAUGAAACCAGUUAACUGGAUGAAAAAGACCAAUCCAGACUGGAAAAUUAAGAAUUUGGACACGCGUUUUUGCACACCUCGGCAAGUGUCGAAGGCUGAGUUUCAGGAGAUUGUGGACCGUUUGGCCAGAUCGACUGCCAUCAGUCGCAUACGCUCUGCUCCACCACGGUUGUCAUGGUACCCAAUUAAUCUAGAGAAGGGUCCGGUGGAGAAGCCGUAUUUUCUGUCCCAGAAAUUACGCAGUGAUGGUCUGUACUGGGAUCCCAACGAGUCCGAGAGCAGAUAAGAAUCUGUUAUCAUUUUAGUGGAAAUAUUUACAAAUCAGUGGUAUUUUUUGUCUUUUUUUUUUGAUAAUUUUAUG